GUGAAUUUGGCGCUAGCCUACACAGAGCUAACUGAGGAGUUGGGACGUCUCCAGGCACUGAGCUCCAAACAGAAAGAGAUCUUGAGGAAGGUCUCUCAGGAGCAGCAUAGCCCAGGUUAGUAACAUCUGUAGAGAAUGAUAUAUGGCCCACAUUUAACAGGCUAGCCCAGGUUAGCAGCAUCUGUAGAGAAUGAUAUAUGGCCCACAUUUAACAGGCUAGCCCAGGUUAGCAGCAUCCCUAUAUAAGUUUACAUGCUCCCUAUCCCUAAUGAUUGCUCUGAUGUCAAGUACACUGAGUGUACAAAACAUUAAGAACACUUUCCUAAUAUUGAGUGACACCCCCCCCCCCCCUUUUGCCCUCAGAACAGCCUCAAUUCGUCGGGGCAUGGACUCCACUGAUUGAAGUGUAUUUAACAAGUGACAUCAAUAAGGGAUAAUAGCUUUCAUCUGGAUUCACCUGGUCAGUCUAUGUCAUGGAAAGAGCAGGUGUUCUUAAUGUUUUGUACACUCAGUGUAUAUUGUUAUGCAUUUUCUACUGAAAUACUGGGGGGGGGGGGGAUGAGUAAGCUUUACAUGCACAUCUUCAAAUAAGCAUUGUCAUGCUCACCUUACAAUACAAUACUUGCUUUAUUGGUCCAUUUGCACAGAUAUUCUUAAUUUCUUGCUGUCACAGUACCUGAUACACAACACACACAUCACAGGCUGGGAGCAGCACAUGGGCUGCUGCAGAGCAACAGCCCUAGAGAAAUUAGGGGUAAAGUAAAACGGAGGUAAAUAGUAUAUGGGACAUAUACUAUGGCUUACAGCUCACUCCCUGCAGAUUUCCCCCCAGUCAGCUCGGGGAUUCAAACCAGCAACCCUCCGGUUACCGGCCUGCCUCUCUAACCACAUACUCAGCUCAUACUCCGCCCUGUUUCAAGUUUAAAAAAAUAGAGGAAUGAACUAGACUAUAUUGGGAUAUAAGUAGGCCUGCAGCUGUUUCUUUACUCUCCUGGGGUUGCAGAGCUACAAAUAUAGUAUAUGUACUAAAAUACCGUACUAUUAAAAAACAAACAAAUAUGUCCUCUUCCUCGACUCUCUGUUUUCUCUGUAUUUCAAGUCUCUGUGGAGAAUUCGAGAGCACAACAACCCCCCUCUUUAAAAAAAAGAUUUAUUUCACUCAACCACAGAACCAUACGUUUCCCCUUUGAGAUGCUUCUGAUUCAUCGAUGCACAAGUCUUGUUUUUAGCUAAAUGGCUGAUAGCUAUCUCAUGCUUACAGGAAGCACCACAUACUGUACUGUAAAAUUUGAUCUGCGUCUUAGGUAAGCGGAAAAUAAAUCUAUUCAAGGGUGUUCCUUUUUUGCAUAUUUUGUCGAGUGCGUCGCUUGUUGCGAAUUGAGUUGUCUUUUGAUCAGACAAACAUUUGCACUGCAAAUCCAGAGCAACACACAGUAGAGAGAAGUACAGAAAUGUUAUUCAGGAAAAAGUAUGAAAGAUUAUACACUUUUUCUUCAUCAUUAUCAAAAAGAUAUUACAGUAUGUGUUAUUGCUAGAGAUGUUACCAGACCAAAACUCCUCCUGACCCUAGUUACUUUUCAUAUGUAAUUAUGAGUAACAACAGGCUCUAUUUUGGCGAGAUGCUAUAAUUUUGGUCUUCCAGAGACAGCCACAGGUAGUCUUGUCUCGUGUGCUGCUCUCUGACUCCCCCUGUGUCUCUCCUGUCUCCUCAGUCCAACGCCACUCCCACCCCCCAUCUCCCAUCCCUCACCAACGCCACUCUCCUGUGCCCCAGCGACACUCCCCCAUUCCCCAACGCCACUCCCCCAUCCCUCCUCAGCACCACUCCCCCAUUGCUCAGUGCCGCUCCCCGGUGCUCCAGCCGCAGCGUCUCUCCCCGGACAUGCACCGCCGCUCGCCCCUGCUGGACAUCAACGACGGGCCUGCCUCCUACUCCUGCCGGCCAGCCAGCCACCACCUGAGGGCCAGCUUCCAGGGCCGACGGAGCUACUCCGAGGUGGCCGAUCCCUCGGCCUACCAGCGGCCGCCGCGCUUCAGCCUGGACCCUGUGUCCACCCUGCCCAAGCCUCGGCCCUACAGGGACUCCGGCUACUCAAAGCAGCAUCAGCAGCAUGAGCAUGGAGGCUCCCAGCAUGGAGGGUCACCCCACAGAGGAGGCCAGCUGCGAGCUUCCCAGUCUGGGCUAGAGAGGGCAGGCAGCGAGGUGGGCCUCCACGAAAGUUCCCGCCACUCUCGAGAGCUGCCCUUCCCCCUGUCCGAGGUCUCUCCCAGGUCUCACCUGCACUUUGAGCCCCUGCCACCCCCCACGCCCGCCCCCCAGCUUCCGCAGUCCUCUGAAGACGAGGAGGAGUGGACCUGUCCGCACCCCAUCAGCCCCCCACGGACACUGGGCGUGCCCAACAAUGUGUCAGCUCAUGGGGUCAUGAGGGGGCUGGCGUCCUGCUCGGCCUUCCCCAUCCCUUCCAGACCCAACACUCUGACCUGCCACCCGCCAGGUUACCUGCAUGCAGAGCACGCCCAGUCCUGGCCCUCCAUCAAUGUGAGUCACACGCACACUCUAUCCCAAAUAUACUGUAUAAUAAUAUCUUUAUUAUAUCAAAACAUUCUCUCAAAUUGUAAAAUGGGUCAGUUAGGUUGCUAUCCCGAUCAGUCAAAAUCUCUCUCUUUGAAAAUAAACUGCCCUUGACUUGCCAAUGUCUUCCUGCACUGUGCUAUUUCAUGAGAAAUGCUCUGUGUAACAUGACAUUUGUUCUGAUUCCCCUCUACAUAUGAGCUUAUUUUCUUCAUGAAAUUACCUAAAUGGUCAAACUGUUAUCAUAUAGUUGCCAUAGACCCACACUGCUUGUUGACCUGAAUGAUGUGUGUGUUUUGGUUGCAGCUGUGGAUGGAGACAGAAGAGAGUGACAUGAGGAGCUGCCCUCUGUGCCAGCUGAUCUUUCCCAUGGGUUACCCUGACGACGCCCUCAUCAAGCACAUCGACUCGCACCUGGAGAACAGCAAGAUA